AUGAUGGAGGACCCGACCGCUCGCGCCCCGACUGGCGCCAUGAGGGCCCUCUCCGCUGAGCUCGUUAGCCUCGCCACCUCCUGUGGCCUGCCGGAGCACCUCCUCGGCUACCUGAAGGAUCGGCAGAUCUUGUCCGCCGGAUUGCUGGCGGCCAUGGCCGACACCUAUAAAGAGGUGGAUGAGAUGCUCUACGCCCCUCUCAGGGACGGAGUGACCGUGGAUGGUCACGAAUGGCAGAUCCCCCAAGACGAAGGACACGUCGUCCGAGCGGCACUGCGAUUCCUUUGGCAGCGGCGCCGAGCACAGGCGCAAGCAGACAGCCGCCCGGGGAGCUCCACGGGUGCACUGGCGGGCGCACUACCACCGCCACCUGGCCUGGCGGCCUCCGAGCCGGCCCCACCAAAGGCGGCGCCCGCCGUGCCGCGCGAAAUUCCCCCGGCCGAACUCCAGAAGCUCUUGAAGUUCUACAGCGACACCCAAAUAGCGGGCCGCAACCGUGACUUUCCGAUGAAAGCACUGGUCGGCGCCGAAAAGGUGAUGGCCCGCAUCUGGCACGAAAAGUGGAUCACAUCCCAAUUCACUCCGACACAGCUCCACGAACUGCUCGAAGCUAGGUGCUUUGAUUCCUCCGGCUCGUUGAACACGCUCAACAAAGAGAUGAAACAAAAGCAGCAGAGCCGGCUGACGGUUGAUGAAGAGCAGAACACGAUCGUGAUCGAGGAGGAGCAGCAAUGGAGCCCUAAGGGGUUGCUGAGCUUGAUGGAUGCCUUGGAGGCCAUUGAGCUCUGUUGGAUCCUAUGCCAGGUGGGGCAUGAACUUGAUGUGAAGGAAUACAUCAGCUGGUGGAGACAACUCUUCAGAUCGAGGCCGGGCAAAAUAGAGCAGAUCAAAGCCUAUUGGACCGAUGCCGGCUGGAAGGUCGCGCUCUCCAUGCGCCAGGGAUACCCCUUCGACCAGGCCACACAGCAGAUCAUUGACGACACGGCCGCACUCCAGGCCGCCUUGAUGAAGGAGCUGGGAACGACCAAGCCUCCACCCAAGAAGCCGCAGAGCCGGCCACAGCACCAGAAGGGAAAGGGCUACGGCAAGUCUGACCGGGCGGAGACCUCCACGCCGCAACCCGUGCACAAGUCAUGGCUCAUCCUCAGUGUCUUCGACGGCUGUGGCACAGCACAUGCAGCGGCUGACAUCGUGUUGGGACAACAACACAUCUGGCACCGGAUCUCAUGGGAGAUCGAUGAAGCCUGCACGGCAAUCUCGUCGACCCACUGGCCAGACAUCGAGCACAGAGGCGACAUCUUCGCCGACUCCCAGGAGGCCCUUCGUGACAAGAUCAAUGACAUCGAUCCCAACUGUGAGUGCGCAAUCCUUUUGGCUGCAGCCCCACCAUGCCCGGACUUCAGCCGGAUCCGACCAGACGCAGCAGGCAAGGACGGCCCCGAGGGCCAGAAGUUCGACGGCGUGCUAAGGUGGUUUGCCGACUCGAACUUCAUCUUUGGCAAGAGGAAGCUCCUGCGGAUGAUAGAGAACGUGAUCAUGGGCCGCAAGGCCGAUUUGCGUCACUUUGACUCGGAGACAGGUGUCCCCGGGGUCAUCUUUGACGCCCAGGACUGGGGACUCGUGAAGAGACCUCGGGUCUUUUGGACCGAUGCCGGAUGGUCACAGUUCAAAGAUGAGGUCCUGGGAUGGAAGAUCAGCUGGACCAAGGAGUACGACACCGACCGCCUGUCGUUCGAGUUCGCACCAGACCAGGCAGCAUCGAUCCUCCCACCCCAGUGGAAACCACCGAAGUGCCUGGCAGAGGGCAAGACGCUCCCCACACUGACGACACCAGCACCAGGCCCCGAGGGGCGUCCAGCACCCAGAUCAGUGAAAGGGAAGCUAGACUCCGCCACCUUCCAUCGCUGGGAACUGGCAGGGCGGCAAUUCGCCCCGUGGCACUUCAAGAGCGAGAACCUAUGGGAGAACGAGCGAGGAGAACUCGUGACCCCAAGCAUCCUCGUGAAGGAGCGGAUGCACCACCUGGCAGACGACUUCACGGCACCUGCCAAGGAGGAAAGAGCACGCCACAAGGUGGUGGCGAACGGCUGGCAUUUGGGCACGGCCGUCAUCGCGACUGUCCAAGUCGGGGUCGACCUACAGCCAUUGGGCCACAGCGCCAUGGACAUCAUGGCAUCGAUUUGGCGGUCCGGACCAUUGGCAACGGGACAGCCACCGGAUCAACCAAGAGAUCACUGGAUGACCCAGUGCAUGUGCGUCCAAGAGCAUUGGCAGCACAGUCAUACAAGACGCCACCCAGCAGCAGUGGCCGACCCGCUCGAACCGGGCCUCCGACAGACCAUCCAGCUAUGGUUGCACUGGCACCCGUGCUUGCCAGAGCUCCGGGAGAAGUUGAUGACAGAGAUCUCGGCACAGGCCGCCGACCUGGAGGACGACCUGCAAGAAUGGCGCCAGGCCCGGGCCGAAAACAUUCGAAUCGUGCUCGACCCCAACGGUCCAAACAGAAUCCACUUUCCGCUGUUGUCGAACCUCCUGAAACGCCUCGGGUGGGAAGACCCGAAACUCCUGGACGAAAUCCAGUCUGGAUUCCCCGCCCUGGGCAAGAUGAACCCGGGUCUGGGAUGGAACAAAAGAGAGGACAUGAAAUACGCACAGCCGAUGCGUUUCGAUUCGUUCAUGAAACUGAACGAGGAACACGUGUUGUCACGACUUCACCAAAUGAAACCUGACAAGCACUGGAAAGAACUCCUGAACGAGAUCUCAGCAGACAUUGGCAAGGACCGGAUGGUCGGACCCCUCACCGCUCCACCAUCGUGGGGCAUCCGAACAAUCCCAUCGGUGCACCACCCAAACACACAACACCUGCUUCAGGGACCCACAUGUCACGUCCCGACUAGCUUCGCAUUCUCGGUCGAGCAGACCGGGGCAGACGGCCUCAUGAAGGUGAGGCGUUGUGAAGACUGGAAACGAAGCAGGCGCAACGACACAGUCGAGGGAGAGGACAUCCCGCCGACACACCGGGUCAACACCUUCAUAGCGGUGGCCAAUGAGUUCAAAAGUCACGGAUUCACCACACACCUGUGGGGAGCAGACCAUGAAUCCGCAUACAGGCAACUAUCAGUUGCCGAACCCAACCACACACACGUACUAGUCCGCAUACCGGGGGGGUGGACCUUGUGGAAGCACCGAUGCCUCUUGUUCGGCAGCGCCGCAUCAGUGUGGUCGUACACACGCACGGCAGACAUGAUCUGUUGGCUUUGUAGAGCACUGACACUGUCACCCAUGGUCCACUAUGUGGACGACUAUGCAGCCAUCGAACCCGAAUGUUCGAUUCAUUCAGGAUUCACGUGCGUGCAGCACCUGAUGAAGACAGUUGGCUUCAAGUUCAAGCCAAGCAAAAACCAGCCACCCGCACAAACACAACUCAUACAGGGUGUCGUCAUGACCACCGAUUCCGUAGCAUUCACAGUACGCACGGAGGAGGAACGAAUGACCAGGAUCAUGGACCAAUUGCAAGAACACCUCCGGAGGGGGACCAUGUCAUCAGACGAAGCCAAACGCCUGGCAGGCAAGUUGCAGUUCAUUUCUGAGGCAAUGUUAUCCCAAACCAUCAGAUGUUGUCUACAACCCCUCUAUGCACGAGCAGCUGCACCAAUACAACAUGCGCAGACAUCACUAGGAGACGGAAUCAGAGACUCCCUGGUCACCCUACUACACGUACUUCCCAUCGCAAAACCGAGGGUUUUCAAGUUCGAGAGCCAACCAUGCACCAUCGUUUACGCCGACGCCUUCUUCCAGGCUGGCGAUGAGAGACUGUCGGUUCGCUCGGCACUGGCUCACGGGGGAUGGAAUGCAGAAGCGGCCAACCUCAUGGUCAACGGUUGGGGAUUCGUUCUCCGGGAACCGUGUGGCCGUUGCCACUACGCACACGGCAGCAUCCCUGGGAACUUGCUGGGCCGCUUCACAACUCGGAGGGCGUUCAUCUACGCUCUCGAGAUCCUCGCACAGAUCGUGUGCCUUGUCUCAUGCAUGGACAUGAUGGGCCCGCUGAGCCUAUGCUUCAUAGACAACGAACCUGGCAAAUUCGCUCUGCAGAAGGGCUUCGGCCGGGACGUGAAGGUCAACCGCCUGCUGGGCCUCAUCUGGCGGUUCGUGGACGGCUGCAACCACCACCCGCAAUGGGAGAGAGUAACAUCAGAGGCGAACAUCUCAGAUGCAGUGAGCCGCGGCGAUUUUUCGAUGGCACAUCGACUCCAAUGGAGUUUGGUGCAAUAUGACUGGCACAGUUUGUACCAGCAACUUCUUCGGGCCACCACGUCUAUGGACGAGGCCAUGAAGAUCGGAGCUGCGCUUGCCACCAAGGUCGGCCGGGAUCCACGGGGGGCGGCGGCCGGCAUGGCAGAAAACGCCUGUCGAGCUGCCGUGGCACCCGCGACCAAAAGGCAGCGCAUGGGCUCGUAG